AUGGCGGGGCCCCAUCCCCUCCGCCUCGGGACUCUUCCAUGGAGACCCCCGAGGGCCCCCAAGCGGGGAUCUCUCCCGCCACGGGUGCCAAGCGGGGGCAGUUCCUGGCCGGCUGGAGGGCUUUCCAGGCCCCCCUUGCCCGGGCUGGUGCACUUGGCCGCCAGGCUGUGCCAGGAGCUGGCGGCCGUGCCCCUGCUGCUGCUGGAGCCGCUGGCCGAGGGGGUGCUGGGCAGCCCCCACUGGCAGUACUUCCUCUCCAACCUCGAGAUGGUCAGGAUGUGCGUGCUGGUCCUCGCCUGCCAGGGGCAGUACCCGGCGGCCUGCAGGCUCCUCGAGCACUGCAGGGAGGCCGGCGACUCGGAGCAGCUGAUCCACCUUUGGCACGAGAUCCACUACCGCAAGACCAUGGACAAGUACCGGGUGGGCGCCCUGACCCCCGUGCAGAAGUUCCGCUGCCGCAAGAGGAACCCUCCUCCUCCCUCCCUCUGCCCGGAGGGCAUGAAGAGCCGCAACUUCUCCAAAGAUGUUCGCCACAAGCUCCUGGGCUUUGCCACCAGGGUGACCAUGAACCCCAACAGGGAGCAGCGGGGCAGGCUGGCGCUGGAGACGGGCCUGCAGGUGCACCAGAUCUACAACUGGUUCGCCAACUACCGCCGCCGGCAGAGAUCGUCCGGGCAGAGGCAGGAGAGGUUCCAGGCGCUUCCCCAGGAAGAGGAACCGGCGGCCAACCCGGCAGCCCAGCCUUGGCCGAACCCCGGCCCUUGCAACCUCCAGCCCGAGGCCGGAUUCCAGGGAGAGGUUCACCUGGGGCCCGCCGAGCCCCCCCUGGGUCCCUGCGAGCUGGCGUGGGAGCCCCCUGUCCUGGGCCUGCGGUGCCCUCCGGAGGCGGGGCUGGCCAAGAUGCUGGACGCCAGGUUUGUGAGGGGCAGCGAGAUGCCGGUUCAGAAGCCAGGCCAGGACCCCCGGAGCCUCAUGCUGACGGCGGGAGCCGGCUUCCCCAUGGAAGGCCCUAGCGCCGCCAUGUGCCCCCCGGCACCCGGCGUCAGGCCGGGGCCUCUCCUUCCCGCCCCGGCCCCCUGGCCCGAGAACUUCGUCCGGGGCCCCUGCGGCCCGCUGCCGGGCCAGGUUCACGACACCAUCUAUGGCCGAGAGCUGGAGCUCCUGCCCCCGCCGGUCCCAAGAGCCCCCCAGGAGCCGGCCCUCAUGGGGCCCUUCUCUGCCUUCUGGGAUCCCAGGGCCUCAGGUUACCAGCCCCCCCCAGGCAGGAGCCCUCCCAGGGAGGGCAUGGGGCCCUAUCCUGAAGUGGCCGGCAGGCAGCCCGGCCUGGAGGCCGGCAGCUUCAUGCUCAGGGAGGAGCCGCUGGGAGCCCUGGAGUGUGUCCUUCCGCAGAGUUCCUCAGAGAUGGUGCUGGAGAAGCCCCCGAGUCCUCCCCACGCUUCCAUCCUGCCCGAGCCCCAACCUUUGGAGUACCGCCAGGACCCACUGGUGCCUGCAGAGAACCCUGGUGCAGCCCUGAGGGAGCUGAAUGUGGCAGAGGAGGUGGCGACCACUUCUGUUCCGGGGGACGCCCUGAACGAGCAGACCUCCAGCGACACUUUCUGGGCCGCUCUGCUGCUAUUUGAAUUCUCAGGAGGCCGCCGGGUCUGAGGCACUCCCGGAGGCCGGCAGGUCACGCCCCGCUCCGGCCGGGCGGGCGCCCACUUCUGGGGGCUCCGGGGCCUCGUGUCUGUUCUCCUUGUGAGUAUGGGGCAGGGCCGCCGCCUUUGGCUCCCCCUGGCUUGGCUCUCCCGGCCUGUUUCCAGGGAGGGCAGAGUCGGGCUCUCCCGGGUCGUUAGCUGGUUGUUAGCGGGCGCUGGGCCCAGGCUCCCGGGCCUUG